CUUCAACUUUUUCACUUCCGAGAAAACAAACCAUUCAUUCCCAUUCAAAUUCAUUCCUUCUGAUAAUUUCUUGAGGAUCAUUACGAACUGUAAAAGUUUGUUUUUUGCUGGAUUAUUCAUAUCUGUUUUAUGGUUCUCUUAGGGAUUCACGCAUUUUAUGUUACUGGGAUUAGGUCGCUACAUUUCAGACGGAAGUUUUUUCCGAAAUCCGUACAAUUUUCCAGAUUGCGAGUUGGUAAUCCGCACAGGCGUGUAUCCGGAUUUAGAGCAUCUGCGUUUGGGAAACCAAUGGACGUGGAUGUGGCGAAGGGGACAAAUGCCAGGGCGACUAUAAUCCUGACAUCUGGGGCGAGCGGCCGAAUCAGCGCUCUGUUCUCGAUGCAGGUGUUGCGGAGUUUGUGGGUGCUGGUUCAUGCCUUUGUGCUGCUGUUUCUUCUCCCGUUUAGGGGGCGUUGGCGGAUGACUUCUGGGGUAGGGAGUGUUUCGGCAUCUGGGUCUCAGGAGAAGGGUUGCGGGAAGGAUGAGAAGGGAUUGGAUCGGAAGGUGAGGGUCCCCACGAUGAUGGUGGCUAGGAAGUGUGCCCUGGACCAGGAUGUAGCAGCAAGGAGAGCUAUUGCAAUGAGGCGUGUGAUGCAGGAUGUCUAUGAUCAUACGGUCAGGCAGUUCUCCCUCUUUGUUACGCCCAGAGGCGACACCUUGUUUACUCAAUCAUGGACGCCAGUCUCUGAAACAAUUCGAGGAAUUGCCAUCAUUUUACAUGGUCUGAAUGAGCACAGUGGAAGGUAUUCUGAAUUUGCAAAGAAACUGAAUGCAAAUGGAUUCAAGGUCUAUGGAAUGGAUUGGAUUGGUGUCAGAACUCAGAACAGCUCCUCAAAUGGGGUUUAGAAGUAUCAACUCUGGAUUAGUAGUAGUCCAAUACUGGGGUAAUAUACCAUAAACAUAUUAAAAAUUUAUCUUCUACCAUUUCUUUGAAUCAUUAUGCCUUUAUCACUUAUCCGUUAUUCUAGUUUCCGCCUUUGAUUACUUUAGGGAAUAACUUUUGAAUGCAUGC